UUUAUGUCACUGCCAACUGAGUGCGCGUUGCAUAGUCGUCUCAGAUCAAGCCUUUGCUUUGUUAACACUGACAGUGUUGGGCUACAAUAAUGAAGACAAGGGUGGUUCAAGACAACGUCCCUUUUUGGAGACUGUAUGCAUUUAAGAAGCAGGCUGGCAUGUUGCUUUUAGAUCAAAAAUACUUUUCAAACAUACAUAGUAGUCCACAUUGAUUGACACGCCAAACCACCUGCGCGUUCAGGGGCAACGUGAAAUCUCAAUUGAGAUCAGCAAUUCUCCAAAAUUCAUCCUUCAUGUCCUCUGGAAUGAAAUGUCGCAGAUAAGUCAGACCACACCAUCAUAUCCGACUGAAGGUUACCCUGUGACAAAUUUGACUUUAGUCGUCCUUUUGCUCAUACCCUUUGUGGUCAUUCUGCUUCUGCUAAACUGCCUGUUCCUGGGUUACAAGUUAUUGAUCCUGUCAAAGAAGACCCGACAGAAGCGAGAGGACGCAGAGGAGAUGCUUUUGCAGUCCUCCCUGCAAAGAGUCAUAAGAGUAUCUGACAUGGGUUUUCCUUCGCUGCAGAACGAGAGGAGAGCUUAUAUGUCUCUAUCGGAGCCUAUCCUGCCCCAUCCUGUCACCUCUUCCAGGGCUUCAUCCAGGGAGAGGGCCGGGGUGGAUAACAGGAUCCGGCCCCUGAGGCCAGAUGGUGCCACCGGCUCAGGGUCCAUGAGGGCGCCGAGCACCAUCCGGGCCACCUCCUCUACGGCUGCUUUCAGCACAAGACUCGAACUGCCCUCUGCCUCACGGGCGUACAGCAACGCGCGAUGGUGUAAAAGCGCACCGGUUUUACCACAGUCCAGUGAUUCGGAGGCUGAAACCAGAGUGAACCUUGUUCCGCCGAAUUCUCCAACGCAUGAGACACAACAUGUGGGUCAUCUUCGUCGGAGCAGUACUUACGAGAGGCUGACAGAUGUGAACCCACGUGUUGCAGUGCUUGUGUUUGACAAAGUGGACAUGGAGUGUGACUACACCAACCUGCCUUCGGACGCGUCCUGCCUGAACACAUCUGCAGUGGGUCCUGGACUGGACAGCGACUUUGGUGCAAGUGCAGGUGUCUCCCUGCGGAUUCUGUCAGGAGACAGUGACAGUUUGUCCAACGGUGUUCUGGCUUCAGCCCUGGAGUGGGAUUAUUAUGACCCCUGCUAUGUUAAACAGAAUAAUGUAAACAAACAUAAACACCACAGACCUGCGGUGCACACCAAACAGUACUGGGUGUAA